AUGUCCUCCGAUCCUGUCGAAUCAAUCACCCUCAACGAGAAAUUCGCCUUCACCGCAUUCGCAAGCAUCACCCUCUACAACUCCAUCGAGCUGACUAUCCUAUGUCUUGCCUCCUUCAAACGCUAUCAGGGCCUCUACUUCUGGUCCCUGCUCAUCACAUCAUGCAGUCUCAUCAUCAAUAGCUUGGGCUUCGUCCUGCUCUUCUUCACCUCCAUAAGUCCCUAUAUAUCCGUUACCUUUGUCCUGCUCGGGUGGUACUCCAUGGUAACCGGCCACUCGAUGGUGCUGUGGUCGCGGCUGCACUUGGUCCUUCAUAACCCCGGCAUCCUCCGCGCGAUCCUCUACCUGAUUAUCGCCAAUUCAAUCUUUAUGCAAAUCCCAGUCACGGUUUUGCUAUAUGGCGCCGUCGGGCCCCGGUCGCCGACACGGAUGGCAUUCGUGCGCGGGUACAGCGUCAUGGAACGCGUCCAGCUCGUCGUCUUCUGCGUCCAGGAGUGUCUUCUGUCCUCCAUUUAUAUCUGGGAAACAGCAAAGCUACUUCGACUGCGGCCGCAGCGCGCGCACCGCGUUAUCCUCACGCAGCUCCUCGCCAUCAACAUCAUCAUCCUGAUCCUAGAUAUCAUCGUCGUCGUGUUCCAGUAUUCAGGACUAUUUGUGCUGCAGGUUCUCUUCAAGCCUGUCGCGUAUAGUAUCAAGCUGAGACUCGAGUUUGCCAUUCUCGGCCGUCUCGUACAAGUUGUUUCAGGCGAAAGCACCGGGUCUAGUGUGCGGACUCUGAAUGAAGCGCCAGUCUGGUCGGGGCCCGGGUUGUCAGGCGACCAAGAACCAUAUGCAACAGCGAAUGAGACCAGGGAGGUGAAUUGGAGAUCGAGUGGGACUGGUCAUGCGAACGGUAUGCAAAAUGGAACUGGUAAUAGGAACUCAUGGCCGCCUUCUACCACGUUUAUCCAGGAGGGUUGCUUGGAUCACCAGGGGUUUCACCGGCAGUGCGCCUCUGUGGAUGGCUAUAGGAUUGUCCAAGUGGCAAAUGCAGAGCAGCCGGUCUUAAGCUUGGGAAUCUCCAUACUGCUGGUGGGACUGGACAGACUGCAGACUAUAUAUGGAACCCAGCUAGAGAUUCAGGGCAUGACCUAG